GUUGCGGGCGGGAGGCCUCUAGCGUCCUGCGCGCGGCCCAGGGGCACCCCGAGCCCUGCCCUCCUGUCGGAGGCCACCGGAACGUUGCGCUCCGGAGGUGUCCCCUUGUCCGGGCCCCGUUUCUCGGCGCACGCCGACUUUCCUGAACUGACGGGGGUAAAGUUGGAUACAGGCUGGGGACGCUCCCCGGGGCCGCGCGCCGGGGAGCCGCAGCCGGCCUGGUUUCGGGCGUCUGAUCGUGCGUUUCACUUGUCUCUCGUCCCCUUUGUCUCCUCUCCCCAGACUGGACUCCCGGGAGCGGACCGGAGAAGUCUCAGAAGGUUUUAUGGAAGUGCUGGGGAGGGAAGCCUCUUUGAUACGAACGUACACUGGCACCUACCGUCUGGAGUUCACCGAUUUUUCUCUGACGCGAUGGCACGGACCAAAAUAAGAAGUCGGUGUCUGUCGCUCUUUGCAAAGUGAGAGAGAAGCAAGCAAAGGACUGAGGGCUGCCCGCACUUCAUGGACCGCUGCGAAGAUCUGGAGAUGCCCGGCGGGAAGUCUCCUGACCCAGGGCGAUUGGAGGCCGAUGAAGAGGUCCUGGGUGGAGAGGCGGAGAGGUGGAGUCCUCAGUUCCAGCUGCAGAGGAAAUUCGUAGAGAGCAGCAACAGGAAACAGCAAGAUCGGAACAGAGUUUCUGAAGAACUUGUAAUGGUUAUCCAAGAAAUGAAGAAAUAUUUCCCAUCAGAGAGACACAAUAAGCCAAGCACUCUAGAUGCCCUCAAUUAUGCCCUUCGCUGUGUGCACAGUGUGCAAGCAAACAGUGAGUUUUUCCAGAUUCUCAGUCAAAAUGGAGCAUCUCAGGCAGAUGUGACCACAUACAGUCUUGAGGAGCUGGCCACUAUUGCUUCAGAACACACUUCCAAAAACACAGAUACCUUUGUGGCAGUGUUUUCAUUUCUGUCUGGAAGGUUAGUGCACAUUUCUGAACAGGCUGCUUUGAUCCUGAAUUGUAAGAAAGGUUGCUUGGAGUCUUCUCACUUUGUUGACCUGCUCGCUCCUCAAGAUGUGAGAGUGUUCUAUACGCACACUGCCCGAGCUCAGCUUCCCUUUUGGAACAAUUGGACCCAAAGAGCCUCCCAGUGUGAACCCGCGCCCGUGAAAUCCUUCUUCUGCAGGAUCCGUGGAGGUGAAAACUGGAGAAAGCAAGAGAAGUAUUAUUCCCCAUUCCGGAUCAUUCCCUACAUGAUUCAUGUACACAGUUCUGCCCAACCAGAGUCGGAACCCUGCUGUCUCACACUGGUUGAAAAGAUUCAUUCUGGUUACGAAGCUCCUAGAAUCCCAGUGGAUAAAAGAAUUUUUACCACAACGCACAGCCCAGGGUGUGUUUUCCUUGAAGUGGAUGAAAGAGCAGUGCCUCUGCUGGGUUACCUACCUCAGGACCUGAUUGGGACCUCCAUCCUAACAUACUUGCACCCAGAAGAUCGUUCUCUGAUGGUGUCUGUACACCAGAAAGUCUUGAAGUAUGCAGGCCAUCCUCCCUUUGAACAUUCUCCCAUUAGAUUUUGUACUCAAAAUGGAGAUUACAUCAUAUUGGAUUCCAGUUGGUCCAGCUUUGUGAACCCUUGGAGCCGGAAGGUUUCUUUCAUCAUUGGUCGGCAUAAAGUUCAAACGAGUCCACUAAAUGAGGAUGUUUUUGGUACCAGAAUAAAAAAGAUGAACCGUAAUGGCAAAGACAUAACAGAAUUACAAGAACAAAUUCACAAACUUCUCUUGCAGCCGGUCCAUGUGAGCGCUUCCAGUGGCUACGGGAGCCUGGGCAGCAGUGGCUCCCAGGAGCAGCACGUGAGCCUGGCAUCUUCCAGCGAGUCGAGUGGGCACUGUGCGGAGGAGCCGCGGAAGGAGCCGAUGACAUUGCAACAGGUCUAUGCCAGUGUAAACAAAAUUAAGAAUCUGGGCCAGCAGCUGUACAUCGAGUCGAUGACCAGGUCAUCAGCCAAGCCCGUGACGGGGACAUGCACAGAGCUGCUCGGUGGUGCCUUCCAUUUUCUUUCAGAUGAGCAAAAGGGCUUUUCUUCCUUCCAAGCACUGAGAAAUAAUACCAUAUAUACUGAGUCUUGUGAGGAUUUGAGGAAAGGUCAGCACAGCCCAUCCUAUCAACAAAUAAACUGUAUUGACAGUGUUAUCAGAUACCUGAAGAGCUAUAAUAUUCCAGCUUUAAAAAGAAAGUACGUAUCCUGUGCAAAUACAGCUUCUUCAUCCUCCGAAGACGACAAACAAAACCUCAAGGCAGAUAGUGUCCAAGCAUUGCACGCUGUUUCUCAGAUCCCAGCUGUACCUAAAUCAGAAAUGCCAACAAAUGAAUGGUCCACAGAUGCUGAAGGAGGAGUCCCACGGACCUUGUCCACUGCGGCACUGAGCUUGGGGUCAGGCAUAAGCCAGUGUAGUUACAGCAGCACCAUGGUUCACGUCCCACCCACAGAGCCAGCAGGAGACGCUACCUUGACUUGUGAGCCCUGGACUCUAAACACACAGCCAGUCCCUUUGACCUCGGAAGAGUUCAAACCCAUAGGGCUCACAAAGGCUGUGCUGUCAGCCCACACGCAGAAGGAAGAACAGAAUUACGUUGAUAAAUUCCGGGAGAGGAUCCUGUCAUCACCCUAUAGCUCCUAUCUUCAGCAGGAAAGCAGAAACAAAGCUAAAUAUUCUUAUGUUCCAGGAGAUUCUACUUCUAAGCAGACAAGAUCAGCUGGUUGCAAGAAAGGGAAGCGCAAAGGCAAGAUGAUGCCGGCACCCUCGGCCAGCAGCAGCUCUGAUGCCGGCUCCGGUCCCCACGCCAGGGGAGCACUUGGCCACACACAGCCCCAGUGCCCUCCUGCUGCCUCCUGUCCACACCCUUUGGGCCUGUCAUUCCCGUCUGCUGUGAUGACUCCCAGCCAGGCCCCUUACCUCACCCCAGCUUUCCCCCUCCCGCCCGUGACCUCUCUGGGAAGAGGAUACGCAGCUGUGGGCACCGCACUAGACCAUCCACCUGAGCCACCCUUGGCCAGGGGCCUGCAGCCUCUCCCAGCUUUCCCCCCUCCUUACUUGGAUACUGUCAUGACCAUUUUCCUGCACAGCCCCCCAGUGUGUCCUCUCUCGUCAUCAUCGCUCUUUCCGUAUCCAUUCUUGGGAGCAACAGAUUCUUCUGAAACACCACCCCCAACAGCAGCAGCACCUCCACACCCAGAACCAGCACCUUCAGUCACCAGCCAGACUGGCGUUGAGGAGCAGUGGGAGACUCACGGUGAAGGGCACCCGUUUAUUAGUUCAAGGAGCAGCUCACCGCUACAGCUGAACUUACUUCAGGAGGAAAUGCCCAAAUCUUCUGAAUUUUCAGAUCACAUGAAAAGGGAUAUUUGCCCAGAACCUGAGUAUUAUGUUACAGGCAAGAGUGUGAAUAAGAACAGUUGUCCUCCUGCCAGUGAACUGACCCCACUGUCACUUCCCAAGGAGUCUCAGUCUGGAGCAAGGUCUGCAGCAUCAGGAAGCAGUGACAGCAGUAUUUAUUUUGCUAGUAGUGAUUAUUCUUCUGGAAUAUCCCCAAAUGGGCAGCAAUCUCAGGAUUCACGGAAAAGGGAAGCCUUUCCCAGUUUAGCUGAAGAGCCCAUCUGGAGAAUGAUACGACAAGUACCCGAGAGCAUCUUCAUGACGUAUCAGGUGCCUGAGAGGGUUAAAGAAGUUGUACUAAAAGAAGACCUAGAAAAGCUGGAAAGAAUGAGGCAGCAGCAGCCCCGGUUUUCUCACAGCCAAAAGGAGGAGCUGGCCAAGGUCUAUUCUUGGGUUCAGAGCCAGACUGUCCCUCAAGAAGCAGACAUCACCGCUGACAGCUUGGUGCCAGGCAGGGCCUUAAUACAGGGCUGUGUCACUGCUGAAAACAAAGACUCAGUUGAUGCUGCUGCAGAAUCCUGCGGUCGGGACCCAGCAGAAGACAGCAGCUGAGUAGUGACUACGAAGAUGCACCUUGUGCCCCUCCCCAGCCAUGUCAGACAGACAGACCUUUUUGCUUAUCUCUUUGAAUCCUGUACUGUUAAAUGACUGUGAAGUUACAAUUGAAUGUUAAGGUUUUUCCUUCUUGAUUUUUUAAUAUAUAUCAUUUUCUGAAGCAGACAUUGUACAUAGAAUCUUAUUUCUUUUUAUUCUUUACAUACUAGAACUGUCAUUUAGACUCCUUUUCUAGUUUAGGUGCCUUCUGAAGAGAUUGGAUGGCCUCUAAAGAGGUACGUGUGUGGUAAAACUUUAUUUCAGGUGUCACCCAAAAUAAAUUAGAAGUAUAGCUACUGUCAUCUCCAACCUUAACCUCAUCUGUUGUAUUCUGUUGUUACGGAAUUAUUUUCCCCUGGUAGUUACUUGAGGAGAUCCCACCUCUGACUAGGCCAUGUACUUUUCACAAUGGUUUCCAUGAAGUUCAUACCGUCAUAUAGACUUUGUACCGGUCGGUGCGUCCCCUCUAAGGGAGAUCAUUCCCGUGUUCUCACAACGUACUGAAACACAUGGUCCAUUAGUAUAUCUGGAAAUACCUGGAUCUUCCUUCUUGUAGAUGCCUUUCCUUUUGGUUUUCCACCUUCCACUGAAAUUCUGGAAGUCUUGCUUAAUGGACCAGUUUACAAUGGGCUUAUUCUUUGGAGAGUUGAAAUUAGCAUUUUCAUGUGUCCUCUUAAAAGAUCUUAAUCAAUUAGUAUUUCCCUUUUUAAUGUUUUUGUUUUAAGAUAAUGAUUGUAAAAGUGUCAAAAGUUAUGCAAAAGUUAAUAUUCUUAUAUGCUUGUAUGUUUAAAUGUUCAGUCUUACCAAAACUAACAAUUCUUUCUUUUCAAUCAAUUUACACAAAAGAGGUCUCUCCAUCCCUGCCAGAGGGGUGAUUGCCACUGCCUUUUCUUUGCCCUUAAAUAGGGGUAAGUGCUGCGGGGACACCUGCCGAGAGAGCUCACUCCUCCCGGCCAGCAGGGGGCUGUGGCGGCCCGUGAAUCUUUCCGUGCCUUUGUGUCUGGAAGGUGUGAGUGUGGUUGUUCCCUUGAUACGUCAGCUCAGUGUCUGGUGCUCUAGAGAGUGAUUCCUUCUCACAUUUGGAAUGAUAGAUGAAAUUCAUACUCGUGCAGAUAAGAAAGAAAAAAUUAAAAAAAAUGAAACUUACGGUAUAACCUUUUUCUUCAUAAAACUUUUAAACUAACUUAUCCUUCUUAUUUUUGUUUUUUAGUUUUAGGAAACAUCUCUUUGAAGUUUUAUAGCUUUUUAUAAAUGCGUCCUGAUAAUGAGAAGUGGUUUUUCCAUCCAUGGUAACUGUCGGGCCCUGAUUCUCCCUGUCGUUCACAGUAGUGGUUUUCUGGAUGGUAAUUCUAUCGUAAUGUGUCAAACCAUUUUCAGAUGCUGCAUUUGGCAUUUCUUGGCAUUUUCUAAUAUUAAGCAGUUCCAUGCAAAUGCUCCUGUUUUAUAAAUAGAGAAUGCUCAUAUUCUGUCUACUCCAUUUUGAUAGUUAAAUGAUUUUUGAAGCCUGUAUAUUGGUCAAAUUGUAUUUUUGUUAUUGGUGGAAAAUCAAAUUUUGGUAUUAACCAUCUAAAAAUUAUCCACCAAUGACCUCUGUAGUAAAAAUGUUUUUAUUUGUAUGGAUAGAGAAUAAUGUGUAUAGAUAUCAGAAUCAUCCUGCAUUUGUGUGUGCAUAUUUUAAUAAGCCUUAUGCUCUCCAAUAAUGCAAGCUCUUUUUUUCCAUUGUUUCUGGAUAUUUGUUUUUUCUAAAUUUGCUUAUUUCUUUGCCUUAGUACACAUUUUAUGAAGUGUAUAUUAUACUAGACUUGAUUUGAAACUGGUGCUUGUUAUAGACAGAUCUGUAAAACUAAAAUUUUCAUCUUUUGGUAAAUAGAUUCGUCAGUACAUUUGAGAUUGAUCCUGCUGCCCAAAGUAGCAGUGGGGAUUAGUGGUGAUGACUGCUGCCCCCCACGGGGGCUUUACCCAAUCUAAACAUUGUUGUUCAAGUUUAACUUUUUAUAUUAAUGACUAGAAACAAUAAGAAUGUACAUUAUAGGCUUCAAUGUUUACAUAAAUGUUACCCAAAAAGCUGUAUUUUGGGGGGGUUCAAGGUCAAGAUGUAUGAAAAACAAGAUGUCAUAUGAAUAGAAUAGUUUUGCAAUUAAGCAUACCUUUAUGAUAGAUUCACAAGGUAAGUUUAAUCCAAAUUGAAAUUUUGUGUCAUCUGAAUUCAUAAUUAACUUUAUGAAUUGACUUGUUUUUAAUCAUUACUAAUUUUUUAAUGGGUAUCUUUUUUAAGUAAAAAGCAGUAAAUAAACAUGUACACAUAAAACUCGUGACAUUUUCUUGCACUGUGUUAACAAGUGUUUGCCUGAGCAUGUAUUUCACAGCAUCCUGGAGGCUGCUCACGUUAGGGUAGUGCCACCUUCCCAUCUGCACCUGUGUCUGCCUGGUCAGCAUGUCCCGGCACCUCUUGUGCGAGACUCGGGUGCAGCUGUGUUCCUAUCCACUGGCAUUUUUAAUCCUCCCUUCAACACUGUGUAGAAUUUAU